UAGAGGAAUUAGGCUGUUCCUAUUUUUGCUAGGUAAGGUCGGGAUCUUUUAUUUUAAGUUCAAGCAAUUAAAAGAAAUCGUAAUUAAAAAAAAAAGGAUUGAAAUUCUUAAACCCUACUUAAAAAUUCAAAGUCUCCUCGCCAUAAACCCUAAGACUAUUUUCUUUUAUUAUCUUUUAGGGUUUUAAGAACAGGCCUAAACAUGCCAGGCACUCAGAUUCUUGUGAACGAGCUUGUCACCAAGCUUAGAAAACGGAAGGUGGAGGGUUCACAGGCAACUGCUCUUCUGACAGCGGAGUUGCUUCGGUCAGUCAUAUCCCAGCUGAAGAUGCCACAAACCAACCGGGCUGAAACUCUCAUUGAAGCUGUAAAAAGUGUGGGGGAGCAGCUCGUUGCUGCCAAUCCUGUUGAGCUUGCUGUUGGGAACAUUGUAAAGCGGGUUUUGCACGUAAUUAGAGAGGAGGAUUUUUCACUUACGACAAAUGCUCUUAGAGGACUGGUAUCAUCUGCUGGCGGUGAUAGCAGGGAUACUGCUGAACAGAGAGAUUUCCGAGCUCAAAAUGUGGCUGCUGUUGCUGCAGGACCUCCAUCGCGCCCCCCUUCAUUGCAUUCCCUUCUAGACCGCACACCUCAUUCGGCAAUAGCUCACCGCUCUUCCUAUAUUGUAGAUUCUUUCGAAGGAAAUGGAAAAUCAGCCGAUAGAAACACAGAGAUCUGGAAAUUGAAGCAUGAUGUGAUGCGGGCAGUUAAUGAACUCAUCGAAGAUAUAAACAGUUGCCACGAACAGAUUGCAGAACAUGCAGUGGAGCUUAUUCAUCAAAAUGAGAUUAUUUUAACUUUUGGUCGUUCAAGAACUGUGAGGGAAUUCCUAUGUGCUGCAAAAGAUAAAAGAUCUUUUCAGGUUUUUGUUGCUGAAGGAGCUCCAAAGUAUCAGGGGCAUGCCCUUGCAAAAGACCUCGUAGCAAGAGGCUUACAGACUACACUGAUUGCUGAUUCUGCAGUUUUUGCAAUGAUUUCUCGAGUGAACAUGGUUGUAGUUGGAGUUCAUGCCGUGAUGGCUAAUGGAGGCGUCUUAGGUCCUGUUGGGUUGAACAUGGUUGCACUUGCUGCCAGGAAGCAUGCUGUUCCAUUUGUUGUGGUUGCUGGUACUCAUAAGUUGUGUCCAUUAUAUCCGCAAAAUCCACAAGUCUUGCUAAAUGAAAUGAGGUGUCCAUCAGAACUGUUGCAAUACGGGGAAUUCUCAGAUCGCUUGGACUUCAGCAUUGGCAGCGGCACUCCUCUACUUAAUGUUGUCAAUCCUGCAUUUGAUUAUGUGCCACCAGAGCUUGUCAGUCUUUUCAUUACCGACAUAGGAGGAUAUAACCCGUCAUUCAUGCACCGGCUCAUUGCUGAUUAUUACUCUGCUGACGAUGUGAAUCUGCCAAAGAAAACCACUUCUUGAAAGGGCAUGACUGAGAUCUUGAUGCAGACUUUUGGAAACUGAAAUGAUAGCUUAAUCAGGUUUCUUUACCCGAAGAAAAAAAUAGCAUUCAAAAUUUAAAAUUUAGGUUUUUUUCUUCUUUUUUUCUCUUCUUUUGGCUCUUGAUGAUGAUACUAAUCGAUUGACAAGAAGGCGAAAAAGGAACCUGAAUAGAUUUCUUUCCAUUUGGCAAAAUAUGUGGCAACAGAUUUAAAAUAUAGCAAUACAUUGUUGCCGUAGGGAAGUUUUCGGUAGAGAAGUGACUACCUGCAAUACCGAAGUUCCAAACUCUAAAAAAGUGAGAUCCAUCGGCUGAGAACAGUGUAAUUUAUAAUUAACCCAACAAAAGCAUUAGUUUUGGUAUUGCAAUUUUGGUAUUAUUGAACUGCUCGUGCAGUGCUUAGAGGCAUCAAAUACUCUCAGAAUGACUUCAUUUUGAUACCGUGUCAGCUCUGAACUGAUGAAUUGUCGUAGAAGAGGGUGAUGACGCUAUUGCAAAACUCUCACCUUGUAUAAGAUGUAAUGGUGUCAUGAGAAGCUUGCUAGAAGGGAACUGAUGCUCAAGUGCAAACACGAGAUGGGAUCAAAUUUUCGUUUUAUUUUCAUUCACCAUUUCUUUUUCAAGGUUCCUCUAUCUCUUGGGUGCUCUUUUCUCGGUUAAGUAGCUUCUCUACACUGCUACCUGCAUGGGAAUGGAACGGGAGCACAUGGCUGGAUUUGGAUAUUACAUGAUCAGAAAAGAUAUCCGGCCAUGGCUCAAUGAGUCCGGAUUGCAUCGAUUGGAUAUCACGGUAUCUGGUCCGAAAUGUUGCAAAAAAUACUCGCACCUAGAUUGCUUUCUUUUUCAAAAUUAAAGCAAUCAGUCAUCCAUCCACUUCCAAUGAUGGCAAAAUGCUUGAGCACUGGAAAGAGAAAAGGAAGAACCAUCUAGCCUGAAAUUUGAGAACCUAUUCUGAAAAUUUCAAGAACACUAAUAUAAUCUACAACUAAGAUUAUGUGAAACUAUUCUGCAUUUCCUGAUAGAGGAAUCAAUACCAUUUUAGAUAUAAAUGAAAAGCCAGAGCACAUGAAUAAAGAGAAAUUGCCAGCUUGUGAUAUGUAAAGAUGGUAUCACUGAUUUCAGGGAAGAAUUCAAAAGGACAGGGGGUGAA